UUUCUUCUCCCUGACUUUGCAGGAACUAAAAAAAUGAAGACAAGGAAGCUUCCCUGCCCAGUAGAAAAAGUAUGGGUAGACAAGCACAAAUACGAUGAAGCAGAGAGACUCCACUAUGAAAGAGAAGCUAUGCUGGCUGCCGCAGCCCCUGAGGAAUGCCAGGAGGUGGAGGCUGUAAAUGGAGUCUGCAAUGAUGACUCUGCUGAAAGUGAAUGCAAGGGAGACCUGAGAAAAGGAAAAAAUGGAAAGAAACAAAAGAAAAGGAAGCGUUCCCCGAAACCCAAAAAUGUGGUCUCCCAAGUAGACUUUAUUCUGACUGGCUUAUUAGCUGAUCAUGUGUGGUUUGACAAGCCCUUCUAUGAUCACGCUGAGAACGUGUACAGGAAAAACCUAGUGGAUUGUCAGAGCCAGCAGGCACUUGAGACUGAACUAACUGUUGCUGAGCGGUCCACUUCAGUGUCCAGGUCAGAAGUUGUCCAAGAGGUUUCUAAGCCAAGGAUGUUUUCAGCAACCCUGUCCUGCUCCCAUGGUAGUCUGACUGCAUGUCACCAUGUUGUUCAGGAUGUCUGGGUCAACAAGGUUGACUUUGAUAAGGCCGAGAAGGUGUUCAUCGAAAAAUCUCAGUUCUUUGUUCCUCCACAUGUCUUAACCAUUCCAUGUGCGUGGACAAAUGUUGAUAAUGUUGGACUGAGAACACCGGAUGAAGGUUACGUUACAGCCUUGCCUACUCCUGCCACUCCAAGCUUAGCUCCUGAUGUCGUAGCUCAUCCAGAUGCUUCCUUCAUUACCAGUUUGCCUGGCUCUGUACACCAGACGGUAAAUGGUAAGCCACAAAUUUCAAGCUUGCAGGCCCUCAUGUCAGAGGUGUGGCUAGAGAAACCGCUCUAUGAUGAUGCUGAGAAGAGCUUCUAUGAGAACAUGUUUGAUGGGCACCCGCCAGGCAAAGCCAGACUGCAGGACCGUGGCUGCCCUGAAGCCUUGAAGAGGAACCACAGAGACAGGAAGAGUCACAGCCCCGGGCAGCAAACGGACAUCAAGCAUGUGGAGUUCACGAACUCCCCGCUUCCCAGUGAUGCUGAGCAGCCUCCAUCUACUUGCUAUUUUCUGCACGAGGACAGUGAAUCUGUGUGGCUUAACAAGUUGGUGUACGACAGUGCCGAGUCACGAUAUCGUGCAUUGGAGGCUCAGAAAAUGUCAAGAAUGGGAGCGAGUGUGGAGGUGCCAGAAUCCACAGUAGUAAAACCUUCUCAACCAGCUGCUUAUGCUUCAAGUGUACCUGCUCUGGAAACUAAAAAAAUGGCAGUCGACUUCCUUUCGCAUGAGAAGAUCUGGUUUGAGAAAUUCAAGUAUGAUGAUGCUGAGAGAAGAUACUAUGAGCAGAUGAAUGGGCCAGUUAGCAGUUCUUCACAGCAACAGGAGAACGGAGCCAGCACGAUCCUACGCGACAUUGCCAGAGCCAGGGAGAAUAUCCAGAAAUCGCUGGCCGGAAGUGCAAGCACAACCUCUUCUGGGCCUACUGGUGAUCAAAAUGAACUCAUUUCCAGAAUUUCUCAUCUGGAGGUAGAAAACCAAAACCUUCGCAGUGUUGUGGCAGAUCUUCAGAUGGCCAUCUUCAAGUUGGAAAGCCGCCUGACUACUCUGGAAAAAUCAUCUACCUCCCAUCAGCCCUCAUCAGUUCCACCAACCCAGAAAGUGGAACCAUUCAGUGUUCCCUCCAAGAAAGUGGAGCUCCCAUCUGCUUCAAUUGCAAAGAAAGUUGAGGCAGCUGCUGCAGAGGAUGAUGAGGAUGAUGACAUUGACCUUUUUGGUAGUGACGAUGAAGAGGAAGACCAAGAGGCUGCCAAAGUCCGGGAAGAGAGACUGCGUCAGUACGCAGAGAAGAAAGCCAAGAAACCGGGUCUAAUUGCCAAGUCUUCCAUCCUUCUGGAUGUUAAGCCGUGGGAUGAUGAGACCGACAUGACAAAGAUGGAGGAGUGCGUCCGGUCCAUCCAUAUGGACGGGCUUGUGUGGGGAGCCUCCAAGCUGGUCCCCGUAGGCUAUGGCAUUAAGAAGCUCCAGAUCCAGUGUGUGGUGGAGGAUGACAAAGUUGGGACGGACAUCCUGGAGGAGGAGAUCACCAAGUUUGAAGACUAUGUGCAGAGCGUUGACAUUGCUGCUUUCAACAAGAUCUAGAAGCAGACCUAUAUAUCCUCUCUGAAAGUGUGAUUAAUAAAGGUCAAGAUUGGGAGUGCGGA